CACCCCUGAUGAUCUACAAUCCCAAUCCACUGACCCCGGUCGUCAACGAUCAUCGUCAUCAUCAUCUGAAGAUACCGUCCGUGGUUCUGGUGAAGUUGAUGUAGAUCCAUCUCGUCCCCCCGCUAAUCAGUCAUCCGUCUAAUCAUGCGAACAUUAAGAAGCGCCCAAAAUUCAAGCCCUAUCAGCGCCCCCAGGCCAGUUCUCCGUCCAAGGCCAAUGCCCCUUCCCAGGCCAAUGCCCUGCCACAGGCCAAUGCUCCGUCCUCAGGUCGAUGAUGAUCCUAUCAUAGCAGGUCUCAUAUUCGCUGAAAAGUUUAUGGGGGAAUACCCGAAUACAGAUUACAUUAUCGAUGAUAUCCUAGAGGCCAAAGAGCUCUUCGAGCGUGGCAUGGAAAACGUGCCUGAUGGGGUCAUCGUUGAAGCUAUUUUCACGAAGCUAGCUGAUCGCAAAGCCAAGAACGCGCGAGCUCUGGCAUCACUUUGGGAGGCCGAGGCAAUUGAACGGCAUGGAGUGCUUCUUCACAAACUUCGCAAGGCUAAUGCUCAGAUGUAUGCCGAUAACCCUGCGGAAGCUUCCCGUAUCGAAAGCGUUUUGGUUAGAUGUAGCGUGAAGGAGCUCCAAGAUGACUUGGAAGCCAGCAACCUCGCAUAUUGUUACGAUAAGGGGGCGGCCGCUGUUGCAGAUUUACACUUUGAAGUCCUCAAGGAACUUGCUGCUUCGCGCAACUUGAAUCUGUCUGGAAAACGCUCGAAAGAUGCCUUGCAAGCCAAGCUCGUAGAGGGCGGGAAUUCCUUCCAAGUCCAAGUCCUCUGAUGGCUGAGGUGAUGCGAUCAUCAUACUCGAUCUUUCUUUGCAACACUGAUCAUGGUGCAAAAGGCUGCACCUUAUCCGUGUUCUGUGUAUUCCAUCGUUCCAUCGUUGUAAAUAUGUACAAGACGAUUCAAAAGACCUCGCGCUCUCUCGUGCACCUGACUCACGUCGUCCACCACGAGCGCAAAUCCAACUCUCACGUCUCGCAAGUUCAACCACAGGCGGAUGGCAAUGCGAUGGCUGUGGAUGGUGCUACUUGUGGUCGGGUGUCGAUGAGGCUUGCAGGGUUGUGCGAAGGGAGUGGUUGGUCAGUUUGGGGAUCUAUUAUUUAGAUGGUAGUGCUACAAUCUAGGCUUCUGAGGGAGGGAUCUUGUAUGAUUGUGCUUUCUUUUAGAUGUAUGAGAUAUGGAU